AUGACAAUGUUGACCAUAAUAAGUGUUGACCAUGAUAAUGUUGACCAUGAUUGUGUUAACCAUGCGAAUGUUAACCAUGAGAAUGUUAACCAUAGUAACGUUGAGCAUGAUAAUGUUGACCAUGAAAUAGUAACCAUAGAGAAUGUUGACCAUAAUAAUGUUGACCAUAGAAAUAAUGACCAUAAGAAUAUUAACAAUUGUAAUGUUGACCAUGAUAAUGUUGACCAUGAUAAUAUUGACCAUAGUAAUGUUGACCAUAGUAAUUUUGACCAUAAUUAUGUUAACCAUGAGAAUGUUGACCAUGACAACGAGAAUGUUGACCAUGAUAAUGUUGACCAUGAUAAUAUUGAUCGUGAGAAUUUUGACCAGAGUAAUGUUGACCAUGAGAAUAAUGUUUACCAUGAAAAUGUUGAUCAUGAUAAUGUUGACGACAAUAAUCAUGACCAUGAUAAUAUUGACCAUAGUAAUGUUGACCCUGAAAAUGUUGACCAUGAUUAUUUUAACAAUGAGAAUGUUGACCCUGAUAAUGUUGAUCAUGAUUAUGUUAACCAUGCGAAUGUUAAUAAUAAGAAUAAUGACCAUGAUAAUGUGGACCAUAUAAAUGUUGACCAUGAUAAUGUUGACCAUGAUUAUGUUAACCAUGAAAAUGUUGACCAUAAUAAUGUUGACCAUGAAUGUGGAACAUGA